CGUAUCGACGAUGAUGCACGCCGCCGCCGCCGCCGCCGUCUCCCUUCGCGCGCCGGUACCGGCGCUCGGCCGCGCCCGCCCCCCGAUCGCGGGUAAGCGCCGCCCCCUCCAGGUCAGGUCCGCCAUCGCGCCCUCGCCCGCGUCUGUGGACGCGGACCGAGUGCGCAAGGACGAGAACGAGUGUGUGGUCAACACCUACGGCCGCACUCUCGACGCGCCGGUGUUCACGCACGGCCUCGGGUGCAAGAUGUGGGACACCGAGGGCAAAGAGUACCUCGACUUCUGCGCGGGCAUCGCGGUGAACUGCCUCGGGCACUGCGACCCGGACUGGGUCGCGGCGGUGACCGAGCAGGCCAACAAGCUCUGCCACGUCAGCAACCUGUACCACACCGAACCCGGCGCCACCCUCGCGCGCAAGCUCGUCGACACUUGCUUCGCCGACCGCGUCUUCUACUGCAACAGCGGCACCGAAGCGAACGAGGGUGCCAUCAAGUUCGCCAGGAAGGUGCAGAUGCAGCGAGCGAAAGCCGCCGAUCCGGACGCCACGCAGUGGGCCACGGAGACGGUCUCCUUCUCCAACUGCUUCCACGGCCGCACCCUCGGCGCCCUCAACCUGACCUGGAAGAAGCAGUACCGGACGCCGUUCGAGCCCCUCUCCCCGGGUCACUCGUUCGCGACGUACGGAGACCUGGAGAGCGCCAAAAAGGCAAUCGUCAAGGGUAAAACCGCCGCCGUGUUCGUCGAGCCCGUGCAGGGCGAGGGGGGGAUCUUCCCGGCGGACAAGGCGUUCCUCCAGGGGCUCAAGGAUAUCUGCGAGGAGGCCGGCGCGGUGCUGAUCUUCGACGAGGUCCAGUGCGGCCUCGGUCGCACCGGCUACCUCUGGGGCCACCAGUCGGUUGACGUCACGCCGGAUAUCAUGACAGUCGCGAAACCCCUCGCGGGCGGCCUUCCCAUCGGCGCCAUCCUCUGCACCCAGGAGGUGGCGAACGCCAUGGCGCCCGGCGACCACGGCUCCACGUUCGCGGGCGGACCGCUGGUGUGCAACGCGGCAAACGCCGUUUUCGACAAGGUCUCGGACGAAGACUUUCUGGCAAACGUGACGGCUCGCGGCGAGCAGCUCAGGAGCGGACUGCGCGAGGCUCUGAAGGAUAACGGGCACGUGAAGGAGGUGCGCGGGUCGGGUCUUCUCGUGGGCGUGCAGCUGGACUGCCCGGCGGGUCCCAUGGUGGGCGAGUGCAGGAAGAACGGGCUGCUGAUCCUCACAGCGGGCGCGGGUGACGUGAUCCGUCUGCUGCCGCCGCUCGUCGCCACCGAGGAGGAGGUGGACGCAGCCGUGGGGAUCAUCGCGAAGGCCAUGAGCGUGCUCGACAAAUGAGUUGUCGGUGUGAGGCGUUGAGUGUUGUGUAGACUUGUUAUUUCAGUGCGAACUUAUUUC